AUGACAGUCAACUCGUUUUGCUGCUCUUGUGCACCAGACACCACACCGAACGACCAUAAUGGAUCCCAGGGUACUUUUCGAAUUGACAUGCAUACUCACAUUAUGCCACCAUCUUUACCCGAUUUCUCGAAAUCCCAUGGAUCGCCAACCGACAAAACGGAAUCUUGGAUGACUCUAAGACCAAACAAAUCAUCAAGGGAAGAGUCAAAUGGGCAUAAUGGGACAACAUCCAACAAAGUCGACAUGUUUGUUGGCGACAAGUUCUUUCGAACGGUGGAACCCAACUGCUUUGAUCCAGAAGUACGCAUGAAAGAAAUGGAUGCAACCGGAGUUGAUAUCCAAGUCAUAAGCACAGUGCCCAUUCUAUUCUCAUAUGACAAACCAAUCGAGCCCACGACUGCAUUAGCUCGUUACUUGAACGACCACAUAUCCUCCGUCUGUCAUGAAUAUCCACGUCGUUUUAUCGGCCUAGCGACUGUCCCCUUGCAAAAUAUACCGAGCUCGGUGAAUGAACUGCGACGCGCCAAGUUGGAAUUGGGGCUGACAGGCGUCGAGAUCGGCACCGAAAUAAACGGUCGCAGCUUAGAUCACCCCUCCUUCGAGCCAUUCUGGGCUGCAUGUGAGGACUUGGAUGUUCCGAUAUUCGUCCACCCCCUAGGAUACGAGCUUGAACGCGAGAAUAAAGCUCGGUGGGGAAGCUACUGGUCUGCAUGGCUGAUCGGAAUGUAUGUAUACUAUUUCUACAGUGACUUCGAUGAUGCUAAUUAUAUUCCCAGGCCCAGCGAGACCGCACUUGCAAUGCACGCCCUACUCUCAUCUGGUGUCCUCGUCCGCCAUCCAAAGCUCCGCUUUUGCUUCGCUCACGCAGGUGGAGCCUAUCUCCCUCUUCUCGGACGAAUCCAGCAUGGGUACGAUUGCCGACCGGAUCUAGUGGCACACAGUUCCGAGGGAGUGUCUCCACAGAGCUAUAUCGAGUCGCAUCAGCACAAUAUCUGGAUUGACAGCUUGGUGCAUGACCCGGACCUGCUUCAGCUUAUCUGCAAGAAGAUUGGACCGGAGCGGAUAGUCAUGGGCAGUGACUAUCCUUUUCCGCUUGGUGAAAUGCCGGUUCCUGGAGAGAUGUUGGCUAGUAACAAAGAGGUUGAAGAGCUGUUUUCGAAGGAGACGAGGGCGCGUAUGCUUGCUGGGAACGCGAUUGAGUUUCUGGGAUUACAUGAUAUGUUCAUAGAGCAUACGUUUUAG